AGAGGGGUGAGAAGAAGCAUUGCUAGGGGUCCAGGUUCAGUGAUGGAGCAAGCACCUCCUGAAGAUCAGAUGCAUUGGGACUGAUGUUGUCCAGGGUCUGGGCACAGGUAGCUUUGUCUGCUGCAAUACUGAGAUUGCUGGAAAACCAUAGCAAACUAUCAGAGUAUGAAGGAGCACAGCAAUAACAAAUGCUGUAAAAGAUGCUUCAAAGCAAAUCUUAGAGAACAACUGAGGUCCCAUCACAGCAAAUGGAACCGAUUAGAAGGCUCGUUGUGUUUGCAAAGACAGCUUUAUUAUCAGCAGAAGCAACGCUUGUGGUUGUCAAUCAGGAAAAAAAGGGCCAAGUCUGUGCUCAGGAAGGACCUUCCAGAUUGUCAGCAGCGUGGGUCUCCAGAACACAUUGAAUGCACGAGUGUGACAUCAAAAGAAAAGUCAUUGCUCGGAGUCAAUGACGUGUCAGCCGAGCAGGCACAUAAACCAGAAUCCUUGGCAUCCCAUGAGGAAGUGGAGGGUAACGGGAGUGAAAGUUGGAACAGCAAUACUGUAGCUCCAGAUACUGACUUUAAAUCAACCGUUUUAUAUGGUAAACCUGAAUCAGAACUUCUAACUGAUCCACUUACUUCCCCCAAGUCCAUACAAAGGAAAAAUAGUGGGCUUAUGGACAAUAUUACAAACCAAAAGCUAUCAAAUGGAUAUAAAAAAAUAGACUUACAAGUGGGAAGAGAUUUUGUUUCCAUUAAUGUACCUCGCAAGACAAAACGGCAGCUGAAAGGGCGCAAAAUCUCUCUGCUCUGUAAGAAACCUUCCUCUCUCUUUAGUUUUUAUUGUAGAAUAUUUAAUUGUAAAAACAGGCGAAGAAGAGCUGCCACUCUGAGAAAAGAGAAGCUAAGACAGACACAGUGUUCAGGUAGUGUCUAUGUAAAUCCUAAAAGGACUGGCCAACACUUGGAUAAGAUGGCAUGUGAUAUUUCUUCAAAGUCAACUGCCAAAGGCAAGGAAUCCAACCAGAACAUGAACUUUUCUUCAGUUCAGAGUGGUGAUCCGUCAGAAAAUGUAAAGCAAGUUAAGAAUUUGUGCCUGACUAAUUGCUGUGAAGUUUCAAAAAUGGCCCUUGAUGAAGGGAUGGAUGCUUUGCAAACUCAAAUGCCUCAUUUUGCUCAUUCAGUUAAUCAAAUGCCCAAUGAAAACUCAGAAGUAGCGUGUUCUCGGUCAGGCCCUCAUGCUUCUGUCAAUCAACUCCUGGUCCCCAGUAAGUGGCCAAAGCCUGAUGGAUCACACCACUCAUUUGCUGCCUCACAGGGAAGAUCUUUAACUCAAGCCCCAGUCUGUGACGGGGAGAUGCAGGUCAUCAAUGCUGUAACAGACUCUACUCCACUCUCAUGCAAUCACACCAGCGUUCCUGUGACUGAAACUGGCAAGUCUGUAUGUUGUCAAAGUGAUGAGCCAUGUCCAGUGCUUCAGCCGCAGCUGCUGGACCAUAUUUACUAUAGAUCUUCAGAGGAACGUUCUGGCCAUGCAUUAGUGAGGACUGAGCAGCCAGCACAUGGUCAGACUGAGAAAGGGAAGGAGAAUGAAUCUCGAGCCUGUUCUGUUGCCAGUGAACAAUUAAUAUCCUGUAUUCAUGCUUUCCUGGAUGAAUUUUUGAGAAAAUAUGGUAGCCUUAUUCCACUUACUGAGAGAGAUGUUCUGAUGAAGUUAGAACAGAUCUUCCAUCAGGAUUUCCGUGAUAGGAAGGUCUUCAUCAAGAUGGAAAUCCGAAAGUACCAGAAAGCACAAGUGAAUAAACCUGUGUCCAGUUUUCAAGUAGUUUACAACAAGCACGUUUUGACUUUGGAUGACCUUGCCACACUUUAUGGAGAAAACUGGCUGAACGAUCAGGUAAUAAACAUGUAUGGAGAAUUGAUCGUGGAUGCUGUGCCAGAUAAGGUUCACUUCUUCAAUAGUUUCUUUUACAAACAGCUUCAAACUAAAGGAUAUAAUGGAGUUAAGAGGUGGACAAAAAAGGUGGAUUUAUUCAGUAAAUCCCUAUUACUUAUCCCUAUACAUUUGGAAAUUCAUUGGUCACUAUUAACAGUUGACCUUCCAAAUAGGAAAAUUUGUCUGUAUGAUUCUCAAGGCAUCCAUUUUAAUUCCUGUGUUCAGAACAUCCUAAAAUAUUUAAAAACAGAAGCUGGUGAGCGAAAUUGCCCCACAUUCCUGGAAGGGUGGAAAGCUUUUGCCACAACAUGCAUUCCUCAGCAGAAAAAUGAUAGUGACUGUGGUGUAUUUGUGCUUCAGUACUGCAAGUGCCUGGCUCUAGGACGACCCUUUCAGUUUUCUCAAAAAGACAUGCCUGAAGUAAGAAAAUUGAUCUACAGAGAACUGUGUGAGUGCAAGCUUAUGGAGUGAGCAAGCAAACAGUAUGAAUCUGACUGAAACUCCUCACAGGAAACUGCAUUCCAGCAGAUAGUUGUGGCCAAAUGUUGUUUUGUAAUAUCUCAAAGGAGAAGAGAAACAAAGCAGGGAGGGGGCUGAAGCACUGAAGAACCAGUGGCAGUGUUUGCCUGCUUUCCAGGUGUGUGCAUGGCCCAGACAUCUUCAGACUUGAUAGAAGCACAACUUUGCUUGUUUGCCCAGUUGCUGACAAAUUGCAUGUAGCAGUAGACUAUAAAUUUAGACUUCCUUAUUGUCUCCAUAUUUCUGAAACCUCGAGUAAAGGAAGUAGAAAAAUUUACAAUAACUUAGCAAGGAGAAAACUAAAGUCUUAGUGUAGAAACUGACCCAGGUAUUGAUAAGCAAAGGCCCUUCUUAUCCAUGAGGGGGAUUUUCUGUUUCCAUGGAUGUUUAAUGGUCAUUAGGUCAUUGUGUUAAGCUGCGACUUAAAAUAUUUUAAGCCAAACUAUUAAACAGUUUUGUUUCACAUACAUUUACAAUGGGUUACUAUCUGAAAUUUCUCAAUUUCAAUAGUGAAAUGAUGGAAUGGUUUGCUAGAGUGAUAUAAUAAUCCAUCUCAAAGUUGAUGUGUAAGGUUACCUGGUUCAGUAAUGAUAGAAAAUCCUUCCUCCUUCUGAUUAAUAUUGUUUUAUAGUAUUUUACUUACUGCUGCUAACUUAUAAGUUUUACUCUGAAAGGUGAAGAGCACAAAGUGGAUAUCUAGAUAUUGCAAACCUGAAUUUAGUAAACUUUAUCCUGUUUUAAUGUUAUUUGAACUUGAUCACUACCGGAAAAGUAAUCAUGCAUCCUCCUCUGUCUGUCUUAAAAAGAGGUUGGCUGCUUUGAUAAACAGAGGGCACUUGACUUAUUACCCAAUGUACCAGUGACUAGAACUGCAGUUGUGCACAGGUCAGACCAGCUAAGGACACUGAUUUUAAAGAUAAUUGAGAAACUCUGUCCUUAUUUUACCGAUUUGAAAAAAAUUCUAAUUCGAAAGGAUUUGAUUACGGAUUUUUAGUCUGUUACAGUACAUCCUACUUCUGUUUAUCCUUUAAUAUGUGAUUUUAUUUUUCAUAUGGUCAAAUAAUGAGAUAUAAUCUAAAACUGGCAUCUUAUUGAUGUGAACUUUAUCCUAAUUCAGACUAUAGAAAUUGUGAAGAGUAAGAGUAACAAUGCUCAUUUUGAAAACAGUGUCAACUACUAUCUUUGUACUCUGCUCAAUUGAUAUUACAGCAAGAUUUCAGAUUUUAUAAAACUUGAAUUCACUCAUUUUGUUUUCAAAAUUGUGCUCAACCUUACUGUCUGCACUAAAUUCAGAAUAUUGUUUUCAUAUUCAUAUGCUUUAAACAAUCAAUUCUUCCUAUUAAGAUUAAAUCCAUACAUGAGAAAUUAUUAAAACCUUCUAAAUUAUUGAAUGGUCUGGGUCUCAAGCACAACAGUUAGAAAACGAUCUUAGUAAUUUCAGAAACUUGCACAUAGUUCAGGAUUCUGAGAAUAAAUAGCUUUUACUUGAUACUUGCAUUUUCAUAAUCCAGAAAUAAAUGCUUAAAUCUGAAUUCCCAGCGAAGCCAUCCCCGUUGAAUUGGUGACCUUGUAUUCAUUCCGUAUUCAGAGUUUAGCAGCGCAAUGCGUCAUACAACCAGUCGGUAAAAAUGUUACAUUUAUAAACAUUAGUGCAAUAACGAAGUGUAAGGUAGAUAAUUUUUUUAAAACUCACAAAAGGUUGUAAUUAGUUCUAUGUUGUUAUGGAAUUGAACAAUAAAGUAUUUGAGUAUUUAACCCUUUCUUUGUUACUGAUCGUUCUCACAAAAACUUUCAUUUCUGUGGAGUAAAAUCUUCCCCUCUUUGGGAUCUUUUCUAUAUGGAAAUAGUUUUGUUCAAUUGACUAAGAUUAGUUAUGAUUCAGUUUUUAAAUACAAAAUCUUUUAACACAAUGGGUUUAGGAAUUAUUUCUGAAUCAAAACACCUGUCACUUGAGAGAUUAUACUAGCUUGAUUUAACCUCAACUCUGAAUAUCAAUUUAUACAUGUUUUAAGUGGCCAUCUAAAUAUUAGAAAAAAUUAGGUUUAUAUAGCACAACAUAAGAAUCAAGGAAAAGUAAUUGAUAUUGGGAAAUUACAGUUUGGCUGUAGAAUUAACACCACAGAUUAUGGGAAGGUUGUAAAAUCAAAUUUGGUGUUCUCCAGGUCCAGCUAUACCUGUGUCAGUUUUCUACAUCCUCUAUAACUUUUGAACCAAACUCUGGCACAA